AUGAAGUACCUCUCUACGGCAUACGUCGCUAUUCUCAGCUUCAACCUCGCGAGCAUAGCAGCAGGACAGGUUGGACCCCUCGGUGACAAUGGACGACCCACCAAUUACACCGCAUACACCUUCGACCAACUGAUUGACCACUUCCAAGACAGUCCUCGAUAUGCACCGAAUACCAACGAAACAUUCACUCAGAGAUACUACUUCGACAACACGUACUACAAGCCUGGAGGUCCAGUGUUCUUGUACAUCGGUGGGGAGACCUCCGGACCAUCACGGUUCUCGAAUCUCCAGACAGGAAUCAUCCAAAUACUUAUGAAUGCCACGAACGGUCUGGGUGUGAUCCUCGAGAAUAGAUACUAUGGCGAAAGUUGGCCGUUCGAAAACUCGACGACGGAUAACCUAAGGUACUUGACAACAGAGCAGACCAUCGCGGAUAAUGCGUACUUUGCGCAGAACGCGCUGUUCCCGAAUACCACAGGAGGUGAUAACCUGACGGCCGACACGACACCUUGGAUUCUCUAUGGUGGGAGUCUAGCGGGUGCACAGACAGCGUUCUCGCUCGUAGAAUAUGAGGGACUACUAUGGGGAGGCAUCGCUUCCUCAGGCGUGGUUCAUGCUGUUCAUGGAUAUCCUGAGUGGUACAACCCCAUUCAAAUCAAUGGCCCACCGGAUUGCAUUUCUCGCAUCAACAAUAUCAUCGAUAACGUGGACUAUCUGAUUGAGACCAACAAUACUGAGGCCAUCCAGCAGUUGAAGGAGAUCUUUGGGCUGGGGCCCCUGAGUGAUUUGCGGGAUUUCGCCAUGACUAUUGCAUUUCCAAUCGGUGGACCGAUGAACUACCCGACCAACACCUGGCAAGAAUUGAACUGGUGGCCCGCGUACGACUCUCGAGACUUCUUCGAUUUCUGCAAUAACGUGACAGAUCCCAAUGCGCCGGCGAACAUCACCGUGAUCGACACUCAACUGUCGAACUACACAAACGGAUCAGCAUGGACAGGUUUAGGCGGGUAUGCCGACUACGUCAAGAACGUGAUCGUGUCAACGUGUGACAGCGAGGAUCUGAUCGACACAACGGAAUGCUUUUCGACCCAGAACCAAACAUUCUACGCGGACCCCAGCAACAGCGAAUCCCGGUCGUACCUAUACAGCACAUGCCUGGAACAAGGCGUGUACCAACUGCCACAACCGAAGGGAACACCAUCCCUGCUCUCCCGCCUCAUCGACCUCGACUACACACAACAAUGGUGCAGCUGGGCCUUCCCGACAGGCCCGACCUCACCCCAAGCGGUGCCCUCAUCCACCGGACCCAAUGUGACGACGUACAACCAAUACGGCGACUUCAACAUCUCGGCGCCGCGCCUGGUCUUCAUCGACGGCGCCAGCGACGUGUGGCGCGACGUAUGCUACCACGGCCACAACGCGAGCACGCGCUACGGCGCCGACCAGAUGCUCAUCACGGGCGCCGGCCAUCACUGGGACAGCGUGGGUAUUCUGGAUGUCACUGCGGAGCCGGAUUUCAUUCGUGCUGCGCAUGAGUGGGAGAUCCGCACGGUCAGGAGCUGGGUCAGGGAGUGGGAUGAGGCCAAGGGUGGCAAGACGCCGAGGGAUGAGUUGUAA